CACCUACCUGUUGUAAACACUAGGUCAGUCGGUUCAGCCAGCGAUACGCAUCAUUUGGGAGAAGGUGUGCUCAGUCGAAGGUAGAGUCGUCUGAAUCAUGCAGAAACUCUUUUACCACUGGCUAAAAUAAAAAAUAAAAAAUUAAAUAACCCAGGUACUGACUGGCAGACAGACAUGGAUACCAAAAUUGCCGCUUUUCAAUUUCUUUGUUGUCCAUUCCUCAUUUCUCUUUGAGUUGAUACUCCACUGGCCUGCAUGAGCAAAGGACUAGGAGAACUUGUUAUCGUUGCUCUCAAAGCGAGGAAUUUACCUAAUCGAGCGAUUAUAGGCAAGCAAGAUCCCGUUGCUCGAUUCACGUUUGGAAAGCAUAGCGAAAAUACAAAGGCAGAUUAUCGCGGUGGCCAACACCCACUUUGGGAUGACCAGGUACGGUGUUUGAUGAGGCGCUGAAAACCCACAAAACUGCUCACCAGGACUAAUGCCUAUGUCAAUUGAAAAUAGGUCAACCUUCCAGUUGAACCUGGGCAUACCAAAUUAAAAGUACAGCUCUAUGAUGGAGAAGCACCUAAAGGGCUUUUGAUAUCGGAGACGCUACUUGAUGUAUCCAAUGUAUUGACUACAGGAGAACAUGACGGUACGACGAAUUUUUUCUUGGCAAGACAUGCAGAAACGAAAAAGAUUUAACAUCCGCGUUUUCA